AUGAACCCAAAUCCGCAGAAUCCGUAUAUUUCGUCAAAGAUUAAGAUAGCUCAAAAAACCAAUCUACAAAACGAAGAUUAUAUUGCUAUUACAGAGAAAGAGUCAUUAAAAGAUGUUAAUAAUCCCAAAGAGCUUGCUACUUCUAAUGUCUCUACCCUUGCCACUCCAAACCCUAUUAAAAAAUCUGCCCUUGAGUUAAACAACAGUAUAAGGAAAGAGAUUUUGCUUUCCAAAUCUAGUUUACCUAUUGAAACACAAACAUCAUCGAGCAAAUUGAACAUUGGGUCAUUGGAUAAUGCAAAAGGUGCAAUAUUUGAAAAUCGCAACGAAAUUAGACAACCCGGAGAAGGAAUUACUUUCGCAGCUUUUGGCAAACCCUCCAGCAUAAAGCCAAAUGUAGUUAAUAAAAACAGGAAGCGAUCUUUUGAUUUAAUAAGUGAUGGUCUAUCAAAAGAUUCUUUGAAAUCAAAAGAACCUGCCCCUAAAAUGGCUGCUUUAGAAGCCUCUAAUUCAAUGCAUGUUAAUAACACACCAAAAAUCCCCCAGCCAACAGUCCCGGAAUUAAAUCAAAGUGGUAAAAGCAAUACAACUGCACCUAUACUUUCAAGCACAAACACAGUAAGCGUGCAAGAGAAAAAUACAUCUAGUUUAGAUGAAACGGUUCCAUUUUCCUCUUCUCGAACAUUUCCAGAUUCUGCAAUUAAUACUGCUGCGAGCAAAUCCAUUGCGACCAGCGGUGGUACCCAUACUAAGAGUCCGCAAGAUCAAGGGAAUACUUUGCGGCGUGAUAGCAAAGGUAAAAAUCCAGCUCAAAUUUCGGUGCUGCCACACCAUAUUCAACAUACACCUUUUGCUUCUGUUCCUUCAUCUACUUCUACAUUAGCUUCUACUUUUAUCCCAGUUUCUUCUUCUAUCACUACCGCUGCCACUGCCGCUGCAUCUGUAUUGACUUCUUCUCAACAACCACCAGCGCAAAGUAAGGUAUUAGAAAAAACAAAAGCGACUCCUACUAUAAAGCUUGAACCUGUAUCUCCGCGAGAAAAAGAGCGACAGAAUCAAGAGCUUAAAAAAGGUACUAAUUCGGGUUCUGUUAGCGGCUCAUCGCAUCUCGCUCAAAGUAUUCCAUUUUUACAUCCCCAAGAAUUGGCCCAACAUCAGAAUAAGUUUUCGAAUUCUCAUAACCCAGAAACAAGUCUGGGAAAUAAUUCACAUAAAUCAGGUGGACACUCUACCACUCCAAAUUCUACUUCAGCAUCAUCCAUGGUUUCAUCCAGACUCCAUGACGAUAGAAAUACUGUUUCUGCUUCCGUCGGCAUGAGUAUUUCUCAAAAUCAAAGCCAAAGCCAAAGCCAAAGCCAAAGCCAAAGCCAAAGCCAAAGCCAAAGCCAAAGCCAAAGCCAAAGCCAAAGCCAAAGCCAAAGCCAAAGCCAAAGCCAAAGCCAAAGCCAAAGCCAAAGCCAAAGCCAAAGCCAAAGCCAAAGCCAAAGCCAAAGCCAAAGCCAAAGCCAAAGCCAAAGCCAAAGCCAAAGCCAAAGCCAAAGCCAAAGCCAAAGCCAAAGCCAAAGCCAAAGCCAAAAUCAAAAUGCUCAUGUUGAUAAUUCCAAAACUAAUCCAGCAUUGAAUCGAUCACCAGCUUUGGUCAAUCCACAGUUUUCGACCCAAAAUCAUAAACAGCCUCAAGCUCAAAAUCCUAAUCAGACUCAAGCUAGUGCUCGAUCUCAAAGUCAAAAUCAAUCACCAGCAAAACACUUGGCUCAGAUACAGGCCCAAGCUCAGGCUCAGGCUCAGACUCAGGUUCAAACUUCAGUUCAAGCUCAAGCUCAAGCUCAAGCUCAUUCCAAAAAUCCUCAAGAUAAAAAAAGAUUUUCGAUUCAAUUCCGAGAAAUUAUUCAAUCCCAGCAGAAACACUUUGAAAUUCAGCUUCAAAAAGAUCUUAGUCUUGCAGAGUCGCUCCAGUAUAAGGCCAAAUUAAAAGCAUUGAAAGAUAUCCAAAAAUGUAUCAAUACCAAUCAGCUAACCCCAGAACUUAUUCGUACUUAUCAAAAUUUAACCAAAAGUGAUCUUCCACCGGAAAUUUUGAAAAUUACAAAAUAUCCACCGAUUCAGUCUUCUGUAGCGCCGCAACAGGUGCAAGAAUCAAAAAUGGCAAACGAAGCUCAGAAAAUACACAUUCUGCAAUCAUCAGACUCACAUUCUGGCAUUGAGGUACCAAAGGGAAGGGCUAAUGGUGAAACUUCGUUGUAUAACCGUCCGCCUUCUAAUUUAGAGCAUGAUUUGGAACCAAAGGCUCAGAAAGGACCCCCUGUGGGAAUUUUUCGUGCGCCAAACUUUCAAGCUCCUAAUAACAUGCAAUCAAAUACAGUAGGGCCUUCUAGCCAAUCAUUAAAAGAAUCACAAAAGCCUGCUGAACCAAAUACUGAACACCCCAUUCAAGGUCGCACCUAUAACCAUCAUGCAUCAAAAAAUUUAACCCCUCAACAAGCCAGGCUCGAUGCAGAGCCUAAGAGACGAACUAGCGAAAAUGAAUCUGGGUCGCCAUUGCCUCCUGUCUCCGAGAAAGCGCAUCCACCUAAAACCCGGAGAACGGCUGAAGUGCGCUCAGCUCCGUCACAAUCAGUGCCACCAAAGCCAGCAGCUACUGUGUUCCAAUGCAAAAGCUGCAACAAGAUUGUUUCAGAUUCUUAUGCAUGGGUCGCUGCGUUGUCAGACGACAAUGGGUUUGGAAUUUUUGUAGUUAACUCUGUUGUGCCUGGAUCAGUAAAUGUUAUUCGAGGAUCAGGCCCGUUAACUGCGCAAGAGGGCCCUGAUAAGGGCGCUUCGUAUUUUGAAGCCGAGUGCACAACUUGCAACAAGAUCAUUGGGCGGAUGUACGUUACAACACCCUCGCACUUGGAUUUUGCCAGAAACAUGUAUACGUUCAUUGUGAAGAACAUGACUUAUUAUAGUGUGGGAGAUCUCAUGUACAUGCCACAGGACAUUUCUGAAACGAUUGAAGAGCUACUGAAGCCAUCACCAAGUACCAUGUCGAGACAACUAGCUAUGGUGGAAACAAUGUUGAUUACAAUGCACAAACAAAUGGAAGUUUUAACUCGUCGAUUAUCUCAGUAUGAAAAACGAGAUGCCCAAAAAAAAAACAACGGAUAA